CCACGCUCCCCUGCGCAGUGACACGUUGACACGUGCCCUGAAGGGGUGACGGAGAGAGAGAGAUCGACGCGGACGGCCGUGCUCCUUCGCUAACUCGCCACGCUAGCAAAGCGGAGGGCCAGGCGGGAAGGUGAGCUGAAGUUCUGACCCAGGGAAAAAGAAGAAAGAGGCGGACAGAGAGAGAGAGAGAUGGACGGAGGAAGAGGGGAGGACAUGGAUCAACGCUCGAGGGACGGCGUGGCUGCCAUGGCGCGCUGCUACCAGGACUUCGACCCCAAAGCGUACCUGCAGUACAACUACACGCCCCCGCGCGCGGACUUCACCCGCUCCGACAGCAUCGUGCCCUGGAAGCUGGGCUGCCUGCACAGGGCUUUCACUGAAGGCGACGUUGGCGGGGAGACUCUGGUGGACGUGGGGUCGGGUCCCACCCUGUACCAGGUCCUGAGCGGCUGCGAGCUCUUCGGCCGCGUGGUGCUGACCGACUUCCUGGAGGUGAACCGCAGGGAGCUGAGGCGCUGGCUCCGGGACGAGGAGGGCAGUUUCGACUGGACCCCCUACCUGAAGCACGUCUGCAAGCUGGAGGGACGCGGUCCCACGGCUUGGCGGGAGAAGGCUGCGCGGCUGCGCUCGGUGGUGACAGAGAUCCUGCCCAUCGACGUGCACCGGCCGUCCCCCCUGCCGCCCGGCUCCCUGCCGCCCCCCGGGGCCGACUGCCUGGUGUCCUCCUUCUGCCUGGAGAGCGUGAGCCCGGACCUGGCCUCCUUCCGCCGGGCCCUGGGCCACCUGUCGGCCCUGCUCAAGCCCGGGGGCCACCUCCUGCUCAUCGGGGCCCUCGGGGAGAGCUACUACAUGGCGGGGCCCGGGGUCCGCAUACCCGUGGUGCCGCUGGACGAGGCGCAGGUGUGCUCCGGUCUCCGGGACAACGGCUACGCCCUGGCCCACCUCAGCACCUACACCCUGCCCCCGGACAUGAGGGUGGGCGUGGACGACGUCAGCGGCAUCUUCUUCGCCAAGGCCAAGAAAAUGGUGUGACGAGGAGCGGGGGAGCAGGGCGAGGGAGGGGAGAGAGGGGUAGAGAGAGAGAGAG